AUGUUAUCUGCCCGUGCAAUACUAAGAAGAGGGCCAGUUGGUCGUAGCUUAUCGAGCGCUACUAGGUUAACUAGGGAUUCUAAGGUCAACCAGAACUUAUUGGAAGAGAAGUCCUUCAUUAACUACAAGGAGAAUUUGGACUUUGUUAACAUUGUUCGUGAAAGACUUGGCCGCCCAUUGACUUAUGCUGAAAAAAUCUUAUAUGGUCAUUUGGACGAUCCUUAUGGACAGUCAAUUGAGAGAGGUGUGUCAUACUUGAAGCUUCGCCCAGAUCGUGUGGCUUGUCAAGAUGCCACUGCACAAAUGGCUAUUUUACAGUUCAUGUCGGCUGGUUUGCCAGAGGUUGCACGUCCUGUUACAGUUCACUGUGACCAUUUGAUCCAAGCUCAAACCGGUGGUGUUAAGGACUUGAAGAGAGCCGUUGAUAUCAACAAGGAAGUCUACGACUUUUUGGAGACUGCCACUGCUAAGUACAACAUUGGGUUCUGGAAGCCAGGUUCUGGUAUUAUCCACCAAAUUGUGCUAGAAAACUAUGCAUUCCCAGGUGCCUUAAUUAUUGGUACCGAUUCCCACACUCCAAAUGCAGGUGGUUUAGGUCAGCUUGCUAUCGGUGUUGGUGGUGCGGACGCCGUGGAUGUUAUGUCCGAUUUGCCUUGGGAAUUGAAAGCUCCAAAGAUCAUGGGUGUUAAGUUAACCGGUCGUAUGAACGGAUGGACAUCUCCAAAGGAUAUUAUCUUGAAAUUGGCUGGUAUAACUACAGUUAAGGGUGGUACCGGUAAGAUUGUGGAGUACUUCGGUGACGGUGUUAAUACUUUCUCAGCCACUGGUAUGGCUACCAUUUGUAAUAUGGGUGCUGAAAUCGGUGCUACUACAUCCGUAUUCCCAUUCAACGAAUCUAUGGUUGAGUACUUGAAGGCCACAAAGAGACACCAAGUCGCUGAAUUUGCUGAAUUGUACCACAAUGACUUGUUGACUGCUGACAAGGGUGCUGAAUACGAUGAAGUUAUCGAAAUUGACUUGAACACUUUGGAACCUCACGUGAACGGUCCAUUCACUCCUGAUUUGGCUACUCCAAUCUCCAAGUUGAAGGAAGUUGCCGUCAAGAACGACUGGCCAUUGGAAGUUAAGGUUGGUUUGAUUGGUUCUUGUACCAACUCUUCCUACGAAGACAUGUCCAGAUCUGCUUCCAUUAUCAAGGAUGCUGCUUCCCACGGUUUGAAGGCUAAGUCUUUGUACACUGUUACCCCAGGUUCCGAACAAGUUAGAGCUACUAUUGCUCGUGACGGUCAAUUGGACACUUUCACUGAAUUCGGUGGUGUUGUCUUGGCUAAUGCUUGUGGUCCAUGUAUUGGUCAAUGGGACAGACAAGACAUGAAGAAGGGUGAAAAGAACACUAUUGUCACAUCUUUCAACAGAAACUUCACAUCUAGAAAUGAUGGUAACCCUCAAACCCACUCUUUUGUUACUUCUCCAGAAUUAGUCACUGCAUUCGCCAUUGCUGGUGACUUGAGAUUCAACCCAUUGACUGACAAGUUAAAGGACAAGGACGGUAAUGAGUUUAUGUUGAAGCCUCCAACUGGUGAUGCUAUGCCAACUAGAGGUUACGACCCUGGUGAGAACACUUACCUGGCUCCACCAAAGGACCGUGAUCAAGUUUCAGUCAAGAUUGCUCCAACCUCUGACCGUUUGCAAGCUCUAAAAGCAUUCGAAACCUGGGACGGCAAGAACCCAACUAACAUGCCUAUUUUAAUCAAGUCUCUAGGUAAGACUACUACGGAUCAUAUUUCUAUGGCAGGUCCAUGGUUAAAAUACAGAGGUCACUUGGAAAACAUUUCUAACAACUACAUGAUCGGUGCUAUCAACGCCGAGAACAAGAAGGCUAACUGUGUUAAGAACCAUUUUACCGGUAAAUACGAUGGUGUUCCAGAAACUGCUAGAGCAUACAAGGCUAUGGGUGUCAAGUGGGUUGUUAUUGGUGGUGAGAAUUUCGGUGAAGGUUCUUCCCGUGAACACGCUGCUUUGGAACCAAGAUACUUGGGUGGUUUUGCUAUCAUUACCAAAUCUUUCGCUCGUAUUCACGAAACUAACUUGAAGAAGCAAGGUUUGUUGCCAUUGACUUUCGCUGACCCAAGUGCCUACGACAGAAUCAACCCUGAUGACACCGUUGACAUUGACGGUUUGACUGAGUUCCAACCAGGUAAGCCAUUGACCUUGAGAGUUCACCCAAAGAAUGGUGAAUCUUGGGAAACCAAGUUGGACCACACUUUCAACUCUGAACAAAUUGAGUGGUUCAUUCACGGUUCUGCACUAAACAAAUUGGCUGCUGCCAAGGCCAAGAAAUGA